AUGAGUAGCAGCAGUAUUGAAGAAAAAAAAUCGCUGCAGGCUUUUCUGCUUGACAGGAAAGAAAAGGAAAUCGUAAUAGAGGAAGAUUUAGAGUCAAUUCAAGAUGAUCAAAAUUCGGAUGUGGUCAAUGAUAAAAAAUUAUUUAGAAAGUUGGAGCAAAGACAUAUUCAAAUGCUCGCAUUGAUAGGUAUAUUCGGAACUGGACUCUUUCUUUCUUCUGGAGCAACCCUUGCACUAGUGUAA